UAGUGUAGCAUCAACUGGCAUGGAAGUGCAAAAGGGAUGGAAAGUGACAUGAUAGCAGAGAUGGUUAAGGAUGUAAAUGAUGGACUUGUCUGCAUAAAAGCCAUUGUUGGUGAUGAGGAUAGUACCACAAUAUCUGGGCUUCGGGCAAACAUUGACAAACAUAUUGGAAAAAUAUCUGAUGCAAAUCAUGUGAAAAAAAUAUCUGGGAACUCUGUGAAGAAGGAGCACAAAUCCUUAACAUUCAAAGUUAUUCAGUACCUGCAAAGAUGUUUCAACCACAUUCUUGCACAAGGAAAAGGAGAUGCUACAAGGAUAGGCCUCAAUCUUAAAGGUCUCGCCUUUCAUCCAUUUGGAUACCACAGUCUUUGUUCUUCUAGCUGGUGUCGAUUUUUAGAAAAUCCAAAAGAAAAGUACUUUCAACCUCUGAUAUGUACAGGGCUUGAUGUUUGCUCAACUCUUACUUUUGUAUUCCUUAUAGGAGCUAUGAGAUUGAUUACUGUUCGCUAUAUUCACCUUUUCUUAUAUGCAAAUUUAAGACCAUAUGGCUGUUUUUGUAGGCUAGAUUGAAUAAAUUGUAGAUA